CUUUUUGCCAUGGAUAUGCUACGCAUCCAACUUGCUAUGUCUCCUAAUCAAGGCACCAAGCAACUAUGACAAGACGGCGUGAAAGCCGUUGACUGGUGUAGGCUGUUCGUCUGCCUUGUCUGCCCCCAUGCAGGGGCAAUGACGGUUCGUUUCUGGUUUUUUACCACGACUCUGGAACAAUUGGACGGAAGCCCGUCCCCAUCCAGCCAGCUUUUGGUCUUCCCCUCCUCGCUCCAUUUACCCCCUUUGAUUGCGACGCUGUUCACCCAGAGGUUGCUCUUGUCUGUGCUUGCUCUCGAUACGAAAUAGCGGAAACAGACGAUAGGGUCAGAGGAAAACUGAAUUCCCCGAGGCCCGCUUGCGGAUCUGGGGACACACACUCAAUUCGAGAUCGUUCCUUGCGCUUGUUCGUUUAAUUCUUGUCUCUUCUUUUUCUCCUUCUGGUUGGUUCUGUUUUCUGCCACAUCCAGAACAACGAACGCAUCUUCCCGUCCGUUCGUCAGACAUGUCGUCGACUUUGAGCAUCCCUGUGGCUCUCGUCGCUCGAUGUCUUUGACGAUCCAUUCCUUUUUUAUUCUUCUCUUGAUCUGAUUAUCUAUUCAUUUGUUUGUUUCCUUGGGUGCGAGCGCUCAGUGUUUCUUUUAAUCUUUAUUGAUACCCGGACCAUUAGAUCUCUUGGGGUUGCCUUGAACAUCCUAUUGUUGACUGGCUCUGGGAGCGUCACUUGUUUUGUCGAUUUUCUCACUACAUCCUGUACAUUCCACACAUUUCAACACCCUGCCUACCUGUCGUUACUCCCUUACCAUCCGAGACAACAAUCAGCCUCGUCAUAUAAUACUCCCUAGGACGCCUAUGUUUACAUAUUGGGACUUCUCACCCUCAGCCGAUCAUCCGAUAUCGACACGAGUUUUCCAUAACCUUACACGACAACGCCGGGCUGACGACCAUUCUAAAUCUUUACCUAUUCCUGCGCUUUGGCCCGAUCCGAACGGACGGUAUUUGCAAUUCCGGCUUUGUUAGGACCGGAAAACCAUCAGACGGUCAUACUUCACAACGAGAUCAGAAAGACUUUGGAAUGCGCCCGGAUUUCUUGGCGUGCAAAGCUAUUCGAACUUUGAUCGAGUCAAACGAGAGGAGUCGGUCCCGGCAAACCGCACCAGGCUUCCAUAUAAGUCAUUCUGCAGCAAACAGUACAUUAAUAUGUCUUUUUCCAUGAGGAACUGGAUGCGGAGUAGCACCGUCAUCGCGCCCGCUCCAGAACAGGCCGUUGGGGAUGUCGAACCGCAACAGGAACCCUCACGACCUCAACCGCAACCGCAACCGCAUCCCACUUCUCCCAUGCCUCCCUCACAACAGCCAGAGAUGGAGGAGCGGCGAGGCGCAAAUGCCCCUGGCAGAUGGCGUUUCUCGCGCUCUACGAUUCCUUCAUUCUUUGGAGGUAGGAGGGACUCCCAACAGGGGCUACCGCAUCAUCAGCAGCAGCAGCAGGCGGAGAUGCCCCGUCCCACGAGCAGCCACUAUUCGGAGGUCGAAUCACCCAAGUCUCCGCACUUCGCCCUUGGCAUGCCACCGCUGCCCAGCACCCGCCUGCACCUCCCGAACCUCGCACGGACAUGGAGCCACGGUACCAACGGGCCCCCGUCGCGCCCCGGGACCUCUCGUGCGCCGAUGCCGCCGCUGAUACAGGUGCAUGGUGUUGACAACAGGCCUCCUUCGUUGGUGGACGGACCCAUGUUCCCCGAGGUGGCGUCUCCCAGGGCUGCUCAUAUUCCCCAACGUCCAAGGAGGUCCGAGGAGACCUCGUCUGGUGAAUCUACCGAUCAAGCGGCAGAACCGGGCCACGAGAGGAGACGCCAUCGCCACCACCACAGGAGGGAAAACGAAACAGAGGAAGAGCGCCGGCAGAGGAGACGGGAAAGGCAUCGGAGACGGCGGGCGCGGGAACGGCGAGAGGCGCGCCCGACUCCCAAGCACUUUCUCGGGUGCUUCCCUUAUCCACAGUCCAAGCAUGUUCGGACACAACUGCUCAAGUGUUUCGUUUCAGGCACGUUUCUGGUGGCCCUCUUGAUAACCUAUCUCGCCCUCUUCCUGACCAAGAACAUGGCGACGUCCGAAUUCACCGUGCUCCUGGUGUUGAUCAUGCUCUUCACGGCCGUCAUCUUCCUGCACGGCAUGGUACGGCUGUGCUUGUACAUGCUCAAGACGCCGGCGGGCCGUCGCGAGCACGACGAGCGCUUGUCUGCCGAGGAGCACUCCAUCCUGCGCCGGAACCGCGCAGCAAUGCGACAGGCGUAUGCGCCCGGUGGGUAUGCCAUCCCGGAGCAGCCUAUCCGCGUCGUGCUGGCGCGAGACGAGGAGGCCGCAGGCAUUGAGAGCGAGACUACCAAGUACAAGCCGCCCGCGUACGGUCUCUGGCGAGAGAGCGUCCGCGUGGACCCGGACCGCAUCUACUGGCAGCGCAACGAACACCCGGCGCUGCGCGGCGGUGGCGAAUCAAGUAGCGAGGAGGAGGCAGGUACCACUGGAGUCAGGAGGCCGCCGUCAUAUGCGUCGGACGACGGUGUAAGCUAUGUCGUCGAGGCUAGGCCACGGAGCAUGGCGCCUACCACGGACGUGCCGCUCCCUCCGCAUCCUUCCGAGGCUGGCAGGGUUGGUACGCCGCCUUUGCCGAACCAGCGGUGGUGAGGUACGCAAAAGGUGUCGAUUACUAGUUAUCUAGCGUCUCUUUGCGCUUGUCUACUACAAUGUCAAAAAUAACAGCGCGGCAUGAUGCCUCGCUGGAUCUAUUCAACUAAUUACAUCUUUAUGGUGGCAUGUGAUUUUGAUUCUGGUUACCUGAUCUUGGGGUGUUGUGAUUUUGAGUGCAUGCUGGUCACAAAUGCAAUGUACAAAAAUAGACGUGGCUGCAGCCGAGUUCAUGCACCGGGCACAUGGCGGCGUAGUCUGGCGCCUAGAAGCAACUGAGAAACCAGUCCUUUUCUGUCGCGUUGGGCUAGAAACCUCCUUAGGUUCAUUCCUUGAUAGCUUGGCUGAAUGGCAUCCCUGAAUUAACGGUGCGCCAUUGUUCGACCAGCGAGGUCAUGCGGAGGUUUUUUCGUAGCGUGGCAAAGAAUGUGGCUUUAGAUUCUAGGCAGUAGCCUAAACCUUACCAACGACAAAGGGGGACUUGAAAGAUGCAAGGCUAUUCUUUGACAGGUCUUGUAAGUGAAGUAUGGUUAUAUUCAACCUCUAACUUUUAAGAUUUUAGUCCAAUAAGCCUACUGCUUACAUGGCAAAAGAACAUGCUCCCAAAAGGCAUUUGAAUCUUGGGAUAAAAAGUCGUUACUUUGUCGUGCAUCGAUCAUU